GGAAAAUAAACGUCAGAUUUGAGAUAUAGGUUACGUACGUCCAGAGUAAAUGGACUUGACUUCGUACAAAUAUUAAAAAUUAACCCCUCAAUGAAACAAAAAAAUGUCAAUUUAUUAAAAGAUAAUAUAAAUAUAUAAAUAAGUGUUAAAAAUAAUUUAAAUUUAAAAAAAUGUGGACAAUCAAAACACCGUCUCUAAGGAUUGACGUCGCUGAUCUCAAGUGUAAAAAUGGUUGUGGAUAUUUUGGUAACGAUGAAUGGGAAGGAUACUGCAGUAAAUGUCACCGCGAGCAUCUCCAGAAAAAACGGGCACUCAGAGAACGCCAGACACAAGCACAACAUCACGAAACAGAGGCUUCACCUAGACCUGGAACACAUGGAGUCAAUAAAGUCGAAGACAAAAAGCGUCAACAAGAGAAAAAAAAUAAACUGCUCAAUAUCUCGGCAUUUUGGAAACCGCCAACCAAAUCUCAGGGUCACGAAGAAUUACUAAGAGAACUUAUCCACCACAAUGAAGACUUGGACAAAGUAAAGACCGAAAAUCGUGAUCUGAUAAUGCUAAUUUCAAAAACUCCCGCUGAAAAAGAUAUUAAAAAAUGUAUUCACUCGUUGGUCAGUAAUAUUUUACAAAAUAGAAAUGCUAAGAAAAUAGAAGAACUGUCAGAGAUAACACAGAAUUUUUAUCAAGUAUUCGCUAAACGUAUGGAAAAUAGUCCCAAUUAUGGAAACAUUGCGCCGGAAGUCAAAGAAAGAUUAUUAGAUUACGUGGAAAGACACUCGAUGACGUUACUGUACCGAGUUUUGUUCUGCCCUCCUUUCACAAGCGACGAAGAGAAGGAUUUGGCCAUUCAGAAAAGGAUAAGGCAACUGAAUUGGGUGAGUGGUAAAAAUUUGGAGUGCAGAAUACAUGAGACGAGUCCGGAAGUUAGAGAACUAGUCUAUACGUCAAUAACUGAUCUUUUAAAUAUGGACUCGGUGAAAGCACCUCAAGAAAAACUUGCGUGUGUUGUUAAUUGCUGCAGUAAUAUUUUUCAAUUACUUCAACAAUCUGUGGGUGGCCCAGCAUCAGCAGAUGAAUUUCUUCCCGCGCUUAUAUUUAUUGUGUUAAAAGCUAAUCCAGCUAGACUUAAAAGUAACAUUAAUUUUAUCACCAGGUUCUGUAAUGCCAGUCGUUUGAUGACUGGAGAAGGCGGUUAUUAUUUUACAAACUUGUGUUGCGCUGUUUCAUUUAUUGAAAAUUUAACAGCAGAAUCAUUAAAUAUGACACAAAAAGAUUUCAACGCUUAUAUGUCUGGUGAAAGAGUACCGGCAAAUACCUGGGACUCAGCUUUAACGAUUUGCGAAAGUCUGCACAUGAUGUGUGAAGACAUCACGCUACUGGACGAGCUGAAAGCAAAAAACAACGAAAUAGUACGCGAAGCUUUAGAAUUAAAGAACGAAAUAAUUGAAUUCCACGCGCGAAUUAAAAAGGAAGUUAACGAUGCAAUCGCUAAGUCGCCUCUAAUUAUUUCAAAAAGCCAACGAGUACCAACUAAUCUUGAUUGCGAUGACUUAGAAUGCUACAAGUUACCACCGCCAAUAAUUCCCCAGUGUAUGACCAACGACGAAACUGACAGCCUGAGAAAUGAUUUUAAAAACUCAAUGGACGAUUGCAUUACGCCAUCACCGACAUUUGACUUCCCGCCAUUCGUAGACUGUUGUCUCGAUACGACAAAACCCGACGAUGACACUAGUUUAAUAAGUCUAGAUGUACAGUGCGAUUAUUCAAGCAACGACAACGACCAAAUGGACAAAACUUCAGAUAAAUUUAUAGACAACUCACAUGGAUUUACAUCAAAUUUACCGUCGCCUUUAACACCAGCGAGUAUAAUUGGUGAAGAUUAUCACGGCUUUACUCUUCAAGGUUCAACCAUUCCCACAAUUCCUUGUAAUACUGGGGAUUUAGCUCACAAUACAACUGACCACGAUACUGACAAUUAUUCAAAUUAUUUUCAAAAUAUUUAAUGAUUCUGAGGAUCACUCAAGUUAGUCGACGUCUAAUAAUUUUUGAAGAAAUGGUAGAUUAUAAAAAAAAAUAUUUACAAAAAUUGCACUUGAAGGUGCAAUUUUUUUCAAAUCAUCUUUUUUUAUAAUUGAUCAUUUUAAAAAAUAAUCCUAAAAUUAUUAGACGGCUUACUUCAGUAUCGUAAUUGAGCCAAUAAUUUAUUAAUAUCUCAUUCAUUGUUACAUUUUAUUUUUAGUAUUAUAAAGACUCGUUAGUGUUAAGUGCAAUCACAAAGAGCCAAAAAAAUUUUCUAGCAUUCGACACUUUUUUUUUGUUAUUAAUUAAUUAAGUAAUUAAUUAAAUAUAUUAAAUACGUUAUGUCCAAUAAAUUAUUUCAGAAUAGAAUUUAAAUAAAUAAUAAUAAUAAUAAUUUAUUAGCAGGUGAUAUUCGUUUGAUUUUUUAUAAUAGUCAAAUUUAAAUAAUUAUUAAUUAUUAAUGCUUUUAAUUAUCGAGUAAUAAUAAUUUAUUGAGUAUAAGAGUAAUACUGAUUGAAUUAAAAUUAAUUCUUAGGACAGUUAUAGUUGGAUUUUUUUUGUUGACACCCUAGUGGAUCCGAAUUACGGUAAUUUGAGGUAUUUUACCGUAAAAUAUGAUACUUUACGGUGAACUUAUGGUAUUUUUACAGCAAAAUUUUACCGCGAAGUAAACUCUUGUAUUGUAAGAACUAUAAAAAUAAAAAAGCAGACGACGACUACGGUACAAAUGCUGCUAAUUACGGGAAAUUGCCGUAUGUUUAUUGUAACUAGCCACAAAAGUACCGGAAAUGACUACCGGCUACUAUAAGUUACCGCAGGUUGCCGUAAAUGUGGUAAUUUGCCGUAAUUUGGAUCCACUAGGGCUAUAGAAAAAUAAUACCGAGUUUUAUGCCAUAUGUCAUAAUACUAGACAAAAAAAACUCCCCACUAAAAUUUCUAUAAAAUAUGAGUGUUAGAUCUCUGAGAAAAUAAUUAAGUAAAUAGUAAUGACACUAAACAUAGUGAUAAUUAAAAAAAUUUGUUUCUAUUUAAAAUUUUAACAUUAAAAAAAAUGAUUUAGAAAAUGGACACAGGUCUUUUGUAUAAAUUUUAAAUAUUUUUUUUUUUUAGAUAAAUGUAAUUAUACGUUAAUUAUCUAGCGCACUAUAG